GCCUUGGCGCGGUGCAGUGGAGUGGCCCAGUGAGGUGCAGACGACCAACGUACCAAGGUGUUCCCACCUGCCUGUCUAGGCUUUGCCGCCGUGUGUUGUGCCGUGCGUGUGUGCGUCCGUGCGUAUCCGCGUGUGUGGCACACUGUGUGCCGUGCUGUGCCGCAGACCCCCGCGCGUGUUUGCUGGCUGGCCCACCCCGCCAGUGCCGCCGCCGGCCGUAGUGCAACUGUCACUUGUUCACCAUGCCGCCCCCAGGAUAAGGCGAAGAGGGUCCACCCCCGCCGUGACCACCAGCCCGGCGCCCCUGCAGCGCCCGGCCGCCAGUGCUUGUGUGUGUGUUGGUGUGUGUGUGUGUCAUUGUGCGCGCGUCGUUUUGUGAUUCGGUUGGUGUGCCGACCGGAAGAGGUAUAUGUAGUGGUGGCUCGCCGUGCGCUUACCUUGUGCCCGCGAGACUCACCUUGACACCUCGACACCCACCGCCACCGCCGCGGCGGCAGCGGCAGCAGCCUGCUGGCCAUACACCGUUCGCUUAUUUGUGGAUUACCUUUCUGGAACCUGCCCGGCCACACCGCUCGCCUGCACUGGCCGCCCCGUGAAAUGACGCUGCCCGCGCGCAGGCCGGGGGAGGCGGGGGCGGCGACGGGGUGCUCGCGGCCGCCAUGUCCACGGAGUCCGUCGUCGUCAACAUGAAGGAGCUGGGCGGCCGUUGAAAUCGCAGGUGUCGCCCUGUCAGUGCUGCCAACCGACUCGGAUGAGGCGCGGGCGGCACUGGACGGCAGUGUUGCCACCCUGCCAUGUUGAACUGCACCGACUUGGAGUGCAUCCUCCACCACCACCACUACUACCACCACCUGCACCAGCUGCAGCACCAUGCCGCUGUGGCCGACCCAGCUAGCGAGAGCGACGAUGUGCUCCACCUUCUUAAUUCGACGGACGGGGAGCUGUCGGGGUUGUCGCAUCUCGAUGCGCCGAUCAGCGACAGCGUGUACAUAGUAUGUGGGGUCCUGAUUGCCAUGGUCCUGGUGGGCCUCAUCAUCGUGUUGCUCGCAGUUACUAUAAGCAAACUUCGUAAACGCGAGGAGACCAACAACAACAGCCUGGCCCCCGGCCACGCGCCCACGCGCACCCACCAGCUGCAGCCCUUGCAGCACGAUGGAGCCAAGGCGCCCUUCGCCCAGAGCCAAGCCGUCAACGGCGUCGCCGUGGAGGUCCCCACCGUGGUGACGACCGCCAUCACCACCACUGCCGUCGCCGCCUCCGUGCCCGUCGCCGCCCCCGUGGCGCCCGUCUGCCCGGACAGCGCCGACAGCGCGAGCAGCGGCCUGGACAGUGCGGACGGCGAGGACGAGGACGACGGCAAGGUGGCCCCCCUGGAGCUGUUCCUGUGGUCGUACCCCAACCAGCUGUCGCCGUUCAGCGGAACCAAAGACGCGCUGGUACGAGAAAUCCCAUGUGAGGUGCCCCAGGACAGCAAGGGGCUGCGCAAAAACUUGCGUGGCAAGUGGAAGCGACUGGUGAAGAAGAAGCCUGAGGACACGUGCAGCAUUCCUCCUGAGCUGCGGGACCAGCUGAAGCAGAUCUACGUCUAUUGAGCCCAGCCCAGCGCAGCGUACCCCCUAGAGUACCUUAGAACAGGGUGUAAAGCCUCACAUUCCAUAUUACUCAAUGACUGUAGCCAUAUCGGUGUUACCUAUUUAAUUUAAACUGUAAGACGUGAAGGAGGGAAGUGCUUCGCUCCUCUCUGGAAGGUGUGCUUUGCUGCUGUUGCUGUGCUCUGUGAAUAAGGAGGCAAAAGGGGAAGUACAAGAGAGACGGGGCCAUAGGCAAGGAGUGUCGUUGCAGAGACAGACUGAUGAAAAAUCGAACCAACCCCUCCAGCAAUUUUGUUAUUGAGACUGAAGAGAAGUCAAGUUAUGACAGCAAGGACCUGAUGACAAGGUGACGUGGACGUACAUGAAAUCGCUUUCUGUGAUCUUGCUUGACGAUUGUACGUAGGGGCCCAAUUGAGUGGGGGCACAGCACCACGCCCUUGAGCUGCCAUAGCUGUCGGCAUCAAAUGCUGACAUGUCUAUCAAGACUCGGAUAGCGUCAAUUUGUGCCGAAAGGUACAGAUUGUGCUGCUGAAUCUGGUUGGCAAGAGGGCUUGUGCAAACUGUUACUGAUAAUUUGUGUGGCUCAUAUUGAGCUGAUUGUGUAAUUAGGUUUAAAGUUGUCGUGUUUGAAACAAGGCUUUCAAAGUUUGGUUUUCUUUUCUUUAUUGAGAAAGAAAAGUUCAGUUAUUUAAAUGUGGCAUUCCCUGUAAAGACAAUUGUGGCCAUAAUAGGUUUCUUUCCCCAAUCAAAGUAAAAUUCGCAAAUCUGGAAUGUAAUUUUGUUUUUGCUGCAUUCAAAUUUAGCAUAUGACCGCUGUAAACUGAUUGCUACCUGCUAAGAUAGUCUUCUGUUGGUCGUUGCUGGUGAUCUUAAGUUUCAACAUAUACCUGAUUUAUAAUAACUGUAGUAUUGAAUGAAUAGUUUGUGACAGUAAAUUAUUUCCAUAUUUAAGUUUGAAGUCAAUCUGUCAAUAUCAGUAUUUUUAUUUGUAUUAAUUUGUCGGUAGUAUUACAAGAAGAUUUCAACGCAGUGCUGGUUGAUGUGCUGAUAGGUACUUAUUCCUUGAUACUAUUGCUCAGUUGAACAAUACUCAAAUUUGGUACUCACAAUGUAUGUGAUAGCUUUUUUUUGGUAACAUGACGAAACGUACUGCAGUUAAUGCCACAAAUGUUCAGUUGACUUGAAUAAUGUCAGGUGUGAAGAUAUCUUGUGUCUACAAGAUACUUAUGUUUGUGACUUGUUCCAAAAUGUUAAAAUGGUUUUCAUUUGGGUUUUAGAGACCUUAUGUGACAACGUGGCUUAAACUAGUCAAGACUUACGUUUAUAAGGUGAGGUGCACCUACACUUUGAAUCCUUUUCUGGCUACUUAGAAAAUUCAAAUUGUACCUUUUGAGUUCCUCUGUGAAAAGCUUUUUUUUUAAAUCUGAAGUGUUUGCUGUUUUUAAAAAAAAUAGACGAGCAGGAAUGUUAUCAUUUUUCUUAUUUCUGUCAUUGUACAACAAUGUGAAGAUGAGAAAUAAAUAAAGUGGCAAAAGAAUU